UUUCAAUCAAUCUGUUGGUCUUCAGCUGGAUUCUACAUUUGCUGGGGAUGCUUAGUGUGGGUGCCAUCAAUCUAUACUUCUCCUGGCAUGUAUCUUGUAAAUCAUCCAGUGAAUCUAGGCACCCAGCUUGCAAUAUUUAUUCUUCUGGCUGGACUUCUCUGCAUAUAUAUCAAUUAUGAUUGUGACAGGCAACGGCAAGAAUUUCGAAAAACCAAUGGGAAAUGUUUGAUCUGGGGCCGGCCUCCAUCGAAGAUAGAAGCCACUUAUGUUACCUCAAAGGGAGAAACAAAAAAUAGCCUCCUCCUGACUUCUGGCUGGUGGGGUUUAGCUCGUCAUUUUCACUACAUACCGGAGAUACUAGCUGCGUUUAUGUGGACUGUUCCCGCCCUCUUUAAUCAUUUCUUGCCCUACUUCUACGUCAUCUUUCUUACAAUUCUCCUCUUGGAUCGCGCCAAGAGGGAUGAUGACCGGUGUUCAUCCAAGUAUGGAAAAUACUGGAAAAAUUACUGUACUAAGGUACCUUACAGAGUCAUUCCAUGGGUUUACUAACUAACCCAUCAUUGCUGCUCACCUUUUAUCAUGGCUUCCUUGGUGGUCAGAUGUGCAAAAGAUUUGGUUGUGGAGAAACACAGAAAAUGCAUUGUUUGUUUUUGCUGCAGCACUAUUAUUAUGUUAUUUUGGACAAAAUGUCAUGGGCCGUGCAAUUUGGGCUUUUGUAGCUUUUUUCUUCUUUUGCCCAAGGAGAGUUUUAUGGUAUUUUAUUAUCUGUUUUGGAUAAGUUUUUUAGGCCUGUUUGGGGUGGUUGUACUUUUUUUUUUAAA